AUGGCAAAGAAAAAGUGGACGCAUCCUCGUGCUUUGAAGAAAGGGACUCUUUGUUUGCAGGGAACCAAAAGCUGUCGUGGAGGUGGCAGCUCCAAGAACUACCCUGCCUACACUCCGUCAAGUCAGAAGGAUCCCCCGGAAGCACGCAGAGGUCGUGAGAAACUGGCUCUGACUGGUGAGGCUUUUCGCAAGCUUUCUUCAAGGAAGUUGUUGACUCACUUACAGCAGCUAGGACACGUUCCACGACUGGUCAAAGGAGGUCCGUGUGUUUACUGUGGCAAGCCUCUGUCAAACAAGGGGUGCCCGCCAUUGCCUGUCAUUUUGGCAGGCACUGGAGCGAAAUACUUUAGGUGCACAACCAGGCCGUGCAAUCGACAACAGCAUGUUCUCACGGCGAGCCCGGUCUUCAGCACAGGGCGCGGCGAGGAUGUGCUGCCUUUGCGAACGCAGGUGCUUCUGUUCUGGCACAUAGCCUGGAGGACUCCUUUGCGGCAGAUCCGGGCAGAGUUGGGCAUGAACGACAAAAGGAUUGCCGCUGCGCAGAGCAAAUGGCGAUCCGCUCUUGCUGACUACGUGCAGGAGAUGCAAUGCAAGACCCAGGGUGGUGACUACAAGGAGGUAGAAGCGGACGAGUGCGUUGUCAGGAAGCAGUUUGUGGCGGACCAAGUGGCCUGGCAGGGUUGGGUAGGCUCCAAAGAACGAGGAGUCAAACGUUCUCUCGUGCUGGAGAAAAGGCCGUUCGAACGUUCCUUGAGCAAGCGGAAGAAGACCGGCUUUGCGUGCCCGCUUCCGCUCAGCUGUGAGGAAUGGAAGUCAUACUGUACGAAACAUGUGGCAUCUCAGACCAUUCUUCAUGUUGACGGGGCCCAAGCCUAUGCGACCCAGGUUGAUGACAAGGAGAUCAGACGCGAUACUGUUUCCCACUCGAACAAGAAGGGCGGACCCUUCUUCGUGAAAGCCUGCGACCACAAGUGA